AUGUCCGACUACCCAGACUACGGCGCCAUGUCCUACCUACGCGCAAUCUUCAAAGCCAACCCCCCACGCUACGGCCCCAGACCCGUCAUGGACACCUACACGCGGCCCGCGCCCAGCCACUACUCCACCGGCAUGAAGGCACCGCCGCCCGAAGAGAACUGGUACUCCAAGGCGUUCAAGUUUCCCUACGUCGGCCACUCGCUGGAAAUGGACGAGUUGACAAACAACCAUUGGUACAAGCGGGAUCUGAAUAUGUGGCCUGGGCCUGUGUUGUUUGGGCGCCCCUCUUACGGUGGCCGCGGCGUCACCAAUAGACAGUUCUUGGUGCAGCGGAAUGAGGGCUCUCACAGGUCGGAUAGCGUUGAGAUCCUUAUUGGCUGCCUCUUCUACGUGUUCCUCGUCCUCCUGUUUAUUUUCCUUGGGAUGUGGAUCCGCCGUAGGACAUUGAUCCGCCGGAAGAGUAUGGAGUGGGAGGAGCGCCAGCGGAGAUUGCAGGAUGUCGAGAGAGCACGGUAUAGCCAUGGGCUGUAG